CCACUUGUGUCCCGGCGCUGGAGGAGAAACAGCAGGCUCCAGUUUUUACUAACUUCUGCCUUUCAUAAACAUAUAACUCAUGUUCACUGAACUUCUUCCCCACUCAAAGUCUUUCCACUGACUUUCAAAAAAAUGCUCUCGUGGCAUGCCUGGUGGACCUGGGACUUGCUACUACUGCUCUUAGGCUUGUCAAGCCAUGCUGGUUCAGCGGCUCAGAUCAUAGAAGAACGAGGCUCAAAAGGACAUCUUGAUCUCACAGAACUAAUAGGAGUUCCUCUCCCUCCCUCCGUCUACUUUAUCACGGGCUAUGGAGGGUUUCCAGCUUACAACUUCGGCCCAGAUGCUAACAUCGGCAGAUUGACAAGUGCUAUAGUGCCGCUGCCUUUCUACAGAGAUUUCGCUAUCGUGGUUACAGUGAAACCAAACAGUGAUCGGGGAGGAGUGCUCUUUGCAAUAACAGAUGCCUUUCAGAAAACUAUUUACCUGGGAAUGAGGCUUUCACCGGUUGAUGACAACACCCAGAGAAUAAUUAUGUACUACACAGAGCCAGGUUCCCAUAUUUCCCGAGAGGCUGCUUCGUUCAAAGUACCAGUGAUGACUAACAGGUGGAACAGAUUUACAGUGACUGUGCAGCGAAAUGAAAUUGCUUUGUUCAUGGACUGUGAAGAGUAUCAGAGGAUUCAGUUUCAGAGAUCAAAUCGAGCCUUGAUGUUUGAAUCUGGCUCUGGUAUAUUUGUUGGCAAUGCAGGAGCAACAGGAUUAGAGAAAUUCACAGGCUCUAUUCAACAUCUGACAAUCAAAUCUGAUCCAAGGGCUACAGAAGACCAAUGUGAAGAUGAUGAUCCUUAUGCUUCAGGAGACAUGAGUGGCAAUGGCAGCGUUCAAGAACAAGAAGGUAUUCCAGAGACACAAGAAGUGCUUGCACCUUCUCAUCUUCUCAUAAGGCCUGAAGAUACGUCAGCUGAGCCAGUGGAAGCUCCCCCAACUGUAUUGUCUCGUUUGGAAGAAAAUGAUUUCUCAGGACAUCACAUAUCAGAAGAAACCACUGAACCAGCUAAAAUUAAUGAACAAGAUUCGACUGUCACAGAAGCUGGACAAGGCAGCAGUGAAUCUACCUCUGUCACACAGGAAACGUUAAGAGAAGAUAUUGGCUCUGGUGUUACUGUUUUGCCAGGAGUGAGCAAUGGGAAGGACCAGAAGGGUCAGAAAGGAGGGAAUGGGCUCACAGGACCUCCAAGAGGGCCGGGAGUGGACGAGAGGCAGAAAAAAGAUCAAGGACCUCCUGGGCCUCCAGGAAAACCUGGCCAAGAUGGGCCUCCGGGAUUGCCUGGUCCUCCUGGUCUUGACGGAAUGGUUGGCCCACCAGGACCAAAGGGAGAAAAAGGCGAUCGAGGUCUUCUUGGUUCUGUUGGUCCAAAGGGUGAAACUGGAAUAACUGGAUCAAUAGGUCCCAAAGGACAAGCAGGAGCUGAUGGGCCUCCAGGGAAACCUGGACCACCUGGACCUCCUGGACCUCCUGGACCUCCUGGACCCCCAGGUCCAAGCUACGGUUUGGGAUUUGAGGACAUGGAAGGAUCAGGGAGUAUUGCUGUGUUAAGUGAAUCCAAAACUCCUGGAACAAGAGGGCCAAAGGGUGAAGUAGGUUACAUUGGCCUGCCAGGUUCAAAGGGAAUGCCAGGUACAAAUGGAAGACCAGGUUUUCCUGGCAUCGCUGGGCGUCCUGGAGCAGUGGGCCCAAAAGGGGAGAAGGGUGACCCAGGACCUCAGGGUGAACCAGGACAGGAUGGGACUAGUAUAGUGGGUCCACCUGGACCACCUGGACCACCAGGACCAAUCAUAGGUAUACCUGAGCUACUACUGAAUGAUACAGAUGGAAUUUUUAAUUCGACUGCAAUUAAAGGAUUGGUUGGGCCCCCAGGGCCAGAUGGCAAGCCAGGUCUACCAGGAUUUCCUGGCCCUCGGGGACCAAAAGGAGAUACUGGCUUACCUGGACUUCAAGGACCUAAAGGACAACGGGGUGAAAAGGGAGAACCAGGAGCUCUCGUUGCUGCUGAUGGAUCUUUAACUGAAUUAUUAGGAAGAAAAGGACAGAAGGGAGAAGCUGGAGCAGUAGGACAGGCGGGACCAAUGGGACCAGUAGGACCUGCUGGACCCAAAGGAGAACUUGGUUUCCCAGGACGCCCAGGCCGCCCAGGACUGAAUGGAAUGAGAGGAGUGAAAGGUGAACGAGGCGAAGCGUUACAUGGCCCCCCUGGCUUGCCUGGACCUCCAGGACCCCCUGGGCCUCCAGGACGGAUAGUUUAUAUCAAAGGAACAGUUUUCCCAAUCUCUCCCAGACCUCAUUGCAAAAUGCCAGUGAACCCUCCUUACCCAGGAAAUCAAGAAGCUCUUAAUGUCCAAGAUGCGAAAGGAAGUGGAAAUUCCUGGGGAACGCACAGUUCAGCAAACAUAAAAGGAGAAAAAGGAGAAACAGGGGCUCCAGGACCACCAGGUCCACCUCUGCCUCCAUCAUAUUUCAGCCACUUUAUUAAUAGCAUAAAGGGUGAAAAAGGAGACAAUGGAGGCCCUGGUGUAAAAGGAGAAAAAGGAGAGCCAAAUGGAGGUUUUUUUCUGACGGGACCUCCUGGACCUCCUGGAAGACCGGGAUCAAUUGGACCAAAAGGGGAUUCUGUUGUUGGACCCAGAGGACCUCCUGGAUUACCUGGACUACCUGGUUUACCAGGUUAUGGAAAAAUUGGACCUCCUGGACCACCGGGACCACCAGGACCACCCGGUCCUCCAGCAAUAUAUGGGUCAGCACCUGCAAUUCCUGGGCCACCAGGUCCUCCAGGAGAGCCAGGGCUGCCUGCGACCAGGAAUCUGGUUACAACGUUCCGCAAUGUAGAGGGUAUGUUGGAAAAAGUUCAUUUUGUAGCAGAAGGUACACUAAUCUAUCUGAGUGAAACCAGUGAGGUUUUCAUCCGUGUUCGAAAUGGAUGGAGAAAAUUGCAGCUUGGUGAGUUAAUUCCUAUCCCUGCUGACAGCCUUCCACCUCCAGCCUUAUCAAGCCAUGGAUUUCAGUCUCUUCCGGCAUUGAGUCCAAUUUCAAAUGUGAAUAAUGGAAAACCAGCACUGCAUCUGGUGGCUUUAAAUUUGCCGUUAGCUGGUGACAUGCGAGCAGAUUUUCAGUGCUUUCAACAGGCACAGCUGGCAGGCUUGACAUCUACCUAUAGAGCCUUCCUGUCAUCACAUUUGCAAGAUCUAGCCACAGUUGUAAGAAAAACAGACAGAUACAAUUUACCAAUAGUCAAUCUUAAGGGAGAAACACUUUUCAGUAACUGGGAAUCAAUAUUUAAUGGGAAUGGUGGACAAUUCAACCCUCAUGUACCAAUAUACUCAUUUGAUGGAAGAAAUGUCAUGACAGAUCCAUCUUGGCCUCAGAAAGUAAUAUGGCAUGGUUCAACUGCAAACGGGAUCCGACUGGUUAGCAACUACUGUGAAGCCUGGCAUACAGCUGAUAUAGCAGUUAUGGGACAAGCAUCACCACUGAAGACAGGGAAACUUCUUGAUCAGAAAGCAUAUAGCUGUAGUAAUCAGUUUAUCGUUCUCUGCAUUGAAAACAGUUUCAUAUCUGAUGCUCAAGGAAAAUAGUUUACCUGUUGCACAUAAGUAUUCCAUUUUAUGACAAAAAAGAAAAAAAAAAAUGCUGACACUGAAAUU